UUAAAUCAACGAGCAGUAACAACAGUACAUUGAAGGGGCAAGAGGAGGGUGAUGGUGCGACGUCACUCUCUAACAGAGAUAGAGUUUCUCGAAGAGAAAGAGAUUAUUGACGUUUUGGCCCCGAGAGUCACAAGAGCGAGCAAAUUCCUCUGUGAUUUUGUGGACGUUAUUGUUAUCAGGCAACUUCGGCACAGAUUUAAAGGUACAAUGAUGGAUCCAGUCAACUUUACAGAGAGUCCUCCCAAUCGCAACACAUCUGAGUUUGAAUAUUAUGACUACUAUGAGGAGAAUAUGGAGAUUGGGAAAUCUCUUAACAUCAUGUCACUCAUAGUCUACAGUCUGGCUUUUGUACUUGGAGUGGUUGGCAAUGGCAUUGUGAUAUGGGUAACUGGGUUAAAAAUGAAAAGAACAGUCAACACUGUUUGGUUCCUGAACCUUGCUGUUGCAGACUUCCUCUUCACUGCCUUCCUCCCUCUCAGUGUGGCUUAUACAGCUAUGGGCUUCCACUGGCCUUUUGGCCAGUUAAUGUGUAAAUUCAACAGCACGCUUAGUUUCCUCAACAUGUUUGCAAGUGUGUACAUCCUGGUCGUGAUCAGCGUUGACCGCUGCGUGUCUGUGGUGCAUCCCAUCUGGGCACAGAAUCAUCGGAAUGUAAGUCGUGCAUCAGUGGUGAGCUUGGGAGUUUGGUUAUUUGCCCUGGCUUUGAGCUCUCCCUACUUUGUCUUUAAGGACACUGGGCGAGACCACAACAAUGAAAACAUAAUUAACUGCUUCAAUAACUUUGCCUUCUCAGAUGACUAUAAAACACCAGAGGUGGUGGCACUCCGUACGUUACGCCACCGUGCCAUGAUCAUUACCCGUUUCCUCCUUGGCUUUGUUGUGCCUUUUGUAAUCAUUGUCUCCUGCUAUGCGGUUAUCAUCCAUCGUCUCCAGAGAAACCGUUCGAUGUCUGGCCGAACUGGACGUCCUUUCAAGAUCAUUGCUGCUGUGAUCACUGCCUUCUUCUUGUGUUGGGCUCCAUACCAUAUCCUAGUCCUUAUUGAGAUGGUAAACCACAUGGCAACUAAAUACAGCUCCACCCUAGAGUAUGUCAACAUUGUUGGAAUUCCCAUUGCAACCAGUUUGGCCUUCCUAAACAGCUGCCUAAACCCUUUGUUGUAUGUUUUCAUGGGACAAGACUUUAAAGAUAAAGUGCGAAAGUCAAUCCUGAAGGUCUUGGAAACAGCUUUCGCAGAGGAGGUUUCACGCACAAAUACCUGUACAAAUUCAAUGCACAUUGUUCAGAACAAAGAGCAAGGAAGUAAAUCCUUCUCUGAUGCUGAAGUAUAACAAACAGACAUGAGGCACUAUGUGUGAGGGAGGUAUUUGCAGAGACUGCUCAUUCAACUUGACAUAUGUAUUUAAUGUAAUCAUAACAAAAAUGUAGACAAAUUAACUGGAAGAAAUUGAAUCAAAAGAAAAGUUUGUCCAAAGCUUUAAAUUAAAACACUGCCUUGCAGUUAUUGGGAAUUGCCUAACUAUUUUAAGUGCACGUGUGUGUGUGUGUGUGUGUGUGUGUGUGUGUGUGUGUGUGUGUGUGUGUGUGUGUGUGAGCGUGUAUUUAUCACUUUGUGGGGACCAAAUGUCCCCAUAAGGAUAGUAAAACCCGAAAUUUUUGACCUUGUGGGGACAUUUUGUCGGUCCCCAUGAGGAAAACAGCUUAUAAAUCAUACUAAAUUAUGUUUUUUGAAAAUGUAAAAAUGCAGAAAGUUUUCUGUGAGGGUUAGGUUUAGGGGUAGGGUUAGGUUUAGGGGAUAGAAUAUAAAGUUUGUACAGUAUAAAAACCAUUAUGUCUAUGGAAAGUCCCCAUAAAACAUGGAAACACAACAUGUGUGUGUGUGUGUGUGUGUGUGUGUGUGUGUGUGUGUGUGUGUGUGUGUGUGUGUGUGUGUGUGUGUGUGUGUGUGUGUGUGUGUGUGUGUGUGUGUGUGUGUGUGAGCGUGUAUUUAUCACUUUGUGGGGACCAAAUGUCCCCAUAAGGAUAGUAAAACCCGAAAUGUUUGACCUUGUGGGGGACAUUUUGUCGGUCCCCAUGAGGAAAACAGCUAUACUAAAUUAUGUUUUUUGAAAAUGUAAAAAUGCAGAAAGCUUUCUGUGAGGGUUAGGUUUAGGGGUAGGGUUAGGUUUAGGGGAUAGCAUAUAAAAUUUGUACAGUAUAAAACCAUUAUGUCUAUGGAAAGUCCCCAUAAAACAUGGAAACCAAACAUGAGUGUGUGUGUGUGUGUGUGUGUGUGUGUGUGUGUGUGUGUGUGUGUGUGUGUGUGUGUGUGAGCGUGUAUUUAUCACUUUGUGGGGACCAAAUGUCUCCAUAAGGAUAGUAAAACCCGAAAUUUUUGACCUUGUGGGGACAUUUUGUCGGUCCCCAUGAGGAAAACAGCUUAUAAAUCAUACUAAAUUAUGUUUUUUGAAAAUGUAAAAAUGCAGAAUGUUUUCUGUGAGGGUUAGGUUUAGGGGUAGGGUUAGGUUUAGGGGAUAGAAUAUAAAGUUUGUACAGUAUAAAAACCAUUAUGUCUAUGGAAAGUCCCCAUAAAACAUGGAAACACAACAAGAGUGUGUGUGUGUGUGUGUGUGUGUGUGUGUGUGUGUGUGUGUGUGUGUGUGUGUGUGUGUGUGUGUGCGUGUAUUUAUCACUUUGUGGGGACCAAAUGUCCCCAUAAGGAUAGUAAAACCCGAAAUUUUUGACCU